ACACAGAAAAAAAGAGGGCGAGAGGAUGGAUGGAGGGAGGUGGCAACAAAAACAAAAAUUUUCAUCCACCGUUGUGAUGUUCAUCCCCUGAGAGAGACAGAGCAAGACGGGUAGAAGUGUGUGUGUGUGUGUAGAUCUGUGUGUGAGGAUCAACAUGACACAGUGGUGGGCUCUGCUCAUCAUUGCUUACCUGUCCAUGUACCUGGCAGCCACUCAGCACCACAGGAAAGCUCUGUAUCCGUCCGCGUAUAGGAUAAAGCGUGGGGCGUACUCGCUGAUCAACCCCACGUUCCAGCGCUCGAAGGAGGAUGUCGACCUGCUUUUUGAGAUCCUGCUCGCUGGAUUGCAAAUCCAAGGUGGGGAGCACGACAUGUUGAUUGCAGAUGAGGAGCUGGCCUCCCUCAGGAGCGUGGAGAAGCUGGAGGUCAUCUGUGAGGACGUCUUGCCCAAGAGGCUCUCAGACAUUCGCCGCCUGACCGCGGAGCUCGCCCGGCGCCGGCAACCUCUGAGCUGGCAGGACUUUGAGAGGACGGUGCUGACCCUGGUGUACGCCGCUCAGACGCUGCCUCGAGCCAGCAGCCAGCAGCAGAGGGAGGUGUGGACGGACGCCGUGAUACAGCUGUUCAGAGCCCUUCAGAAGGACCUCGGACCCUCUUGA